AAAUGAUCGAGACAGAGCAGCUGGAGUUUGAACACCAUCGCAGCAGCAUUUCCUCGCGGAGACUGGUGUUUUUAAAGACGUUGGAGUUUAUUUGCAUGGGACAUUGUGACUGUGAUUGUUUCAGUGAUAUAUCUGUGUUUGGAGUUGAAACAUGACAGCGAAUGGAAACGCGAUGGCGAUGCUUGGGAUGCAUUUAGCGGAGGAUCAGAUUAAAGUUCUGGAGGAGAAUUUCACCAAAGUCAGCAAACAUCCCGACGAAACAACGCUGAUGCUGAUCGCGGCGGAGUGCGGGCUGAGCGAGGAGGAGACAGCGAAAUGGUUCAGGAUGAGAAACGCUCAGUGGAGGAAAGCUGAAGGACUUCCUGCAGAACUGGGAUCAGUGAAGGACUGAUAGAAGAUCUCCAUUCUUCAUGAUUUAUUUCUUCCUGCUCCACUCAUUGUUCAAUAGACCAGCUCUUUGUCUCUCAUUCCUUCUCUAUACUUUUUGAGGACAUUGUCAGACGAUUGAAGAUUGACAUUGGUCUUUUAUUUUAAUAUUUGUUCUUUUGCCAAAAGCUAAGUGUAUGUAUGCUGCAAAUUGAUUUUAUUGCCAAAAUGCCUGUCGCAUGUACUUAAAUAAACUGAAUGUAAACAUCUGUACAUACAGCAAAGAAUUACAUAGUUUGGAUGUGCAGUUUUAUUUGAAGUGUGGGAUACUUUCAUUUCUAUCCAUCUAUCCAUCUAUCUAUCCAUCCGUCCGUCCGUCCGUCCGUCCGUCUGUCUGUCUAUCAAUAAUUGUCUCAUGUGUAUUUAUUUUUAUUUUUUGUCUCAAGUCAAUUUUAUUUGUAUAGCGCUUUUCACAACACCCAUCGUUUCAAAGCAGCUUUACAGAAAAUCAUGCGUUAACAGAAAAUGAAACUGUAAUAUUUAUAAAGUCAUAUAUAAAUAUAGAGUAAACAUUGUGUAGUUGACUAUAUAUACUGACUGUAAAUAGAGUAUAAAAAUAAACAAUUCAAUAAUAAUUGUUAUUUAGCACCCCGGUGAGCAAACAGAAGGCGACUGUGGCAAGGAACACAAAACUCCAGAAGAUGUUGAUUAAUUGAGAAAAAUAACCUUGGGACAAACCAGACUCACUGUGGCGGCCAGUUCCCCUCUGAGUCUAUGUAUAUCUUUUAAGAGUGUAGUCCAUCAAUAGUCAAAGGUGAUGCAUGCAGAGAUCAAUGAGGUGCAUCGUAGUUCAACCGGCUGGUCAUUUUGUUAAGGUUCGGUGAGAGAGUUCCAUCCUAAGUCCAAGGUUCAGACAGUGGCAUAAGAAGUAUCCCAUGUCUUACAGUUGGAGUUGGCAUCAGUUCAUCCUCUGAAGUCCAUCGUAGUAGACUGAAGUGAUGUCUGGCUGGCACAGGCUGCAGUUAGUCAUCAUAACUCAGUGACACGUAGCAGUGAAAUCUGGAUCCAGCCGGUUCUGGUGACCUCGAGAUAUGAAUCCCGAUGUUGAGAAUGAUAUUAGUGUAGAUGCCAAUCAAUUCAUUUCAGAGUUGUAGAUUAUGAGAAAUGUCUCUGAGAAAUGUUUCUGGUUCUGGCAGACUAAACUAAACAGCCUAAUUAUGAGUUGAUGGAUAAAUUUGGUGUAUGCCUGGCUGAAUAGAUGAGUCUUUAGUCUAGACUCAAACUGAGUGUGUUUGCAUCCCGAACAGUGUUAGGGAGACUAUUGAUAUUCUAGAAACUAUUAACAGACCAGAAUUUUGUGAGCGUAAUGAACAUGAUGGAGUAUAGUGUGACAGAAGGUCACUUAAGUAUUGCAGAGCUAACGUUUUGUACGUAGUAACAGAAUUUUACAAUUAAUAAGAAAUUUAACAGGUAGCCAAUGUCCAUCCAUCCAUCCAUCCAUCGUCAACCGCUUAUCCUGUGGUAGCCAAUGUAACGAUGAUAAAAUGGGGCUAAUAUGAUCAUAUUUCUUGGUUCUCAUCAGUACUCUUGCAGCUGCAUUUUGAACCAAUUGAAGUUUAUUUAUUGAACUUGCUGGACUUCCUCCCAGUAAUGCAUUACAAUAAUCUAGUCUUGAGGUCAUGAAUGCAUUCAUUCGUUUUUCGGCAUCAGCAACAGCGAGCAUGUGUCAUAAAUUAGCAAUAUUUCUGAAGUGGAAGAAUGCUGUUCUACAAACACUGGAAAUGUGAUUUUCAAAGGACAGAUUGGUAUGAAAGACGAUGCAACAUUAUAUCCAUCGAGAGUCAAUUUAGAUUUUAGCGGCUUAUUUUUAGAGGUUUGGUACAAUAAUUAGUACCUCUAUUUUGCUUGUAUUUGGUAGGAGGAAUACAACGUUUGAUUUUAUUGAUACACACAUUGUGAAUUUUCGUUGGGUUUAGAAGAAAUAUAAAGUUGUGUAUCGUCGGAAUAUUAGUGGAAACUUAUUCCACGAUUCCUGAUAUUAUCUCCCAGGGGAAGCAUAUAUAAGGAGAAAAGUUGAGGCCCUAAUACUGAUCCCUGAGGCACUCCAUACUUAACUUUUGUUUGAUUUGACAAUUCCUCGUUUUUCAUAAAAACAACAGUGGUAUUAUAUAAACACACUGGCAUUUAAAGGGUUAAAAUCUUGAAAAUGUAUGAAUAUUUGGUCAUUAUGAUCAGGACUGAUGUUGGUUAAAAAAUUAACUAAUUGAAAUUGGAAUAUAAUAUUCAUAUAUAAUAUUAUUUUGGCAGUUGUUUGGCGCAGACCUCUGAGUAACUUUUUAUUGACGCACAAGUGUUAAAUACCUCAAUUAAUUUGGAUCAUUUAGAAAAGGAACUCUUCCGUUCCAUUGAAUUUGCUAAUGUGAAACCAUGUGCAUGAACUGAACAAGUUUAGCAUUCUCAUUUAUUUAAUUUAAUUUUUUGGAUGUUUAAAAGACAAUACACAA